AUGGUUCAGAAGCAGCAAUCCGCCGCCGGCCCAGGUGCCGAGCCUAGGAAGCGUCGCCGUGUCGGAUUUUCUCCCGCCGAUACUGGUGUGGAGGCUAACGAGUGCAUCAAAAUUUAUCUCGUUUCCAGCAAAGAGGAAGUGGAUUCCCCUGAAAUUCCCAGCGUGAAUCCAGUUGACUUGAGUGAUUUCUUUGGUGGAGAUGGCAAGAUAUAUGGUUACCAAGGUUUAAAGAUCAAUGUAUGGAUCAAUUGCAUCUCAUUACAUUCAUAUGCUGAUGUUACAUACCAAAGCACAACCAAUGGAGACAAAGGCAUCACGGACCUCAAAUCUGCUUUACAGAACAUAUUUGCUGAGACCAUUGUUGCUAACAAGGAUGAAUUUCUGCAAACCUUUUCGACAGAAAAAGGUUUUAUCAGGAAUAUGGUCUCAGACGGAGAGGUAAUACAUUCCGGAGCGAUAGAUGGAAGCAGCAUUAAUGCUCAAGUGGCUCCUUCAGAUCUCCAGGUGUUGCGGAUGAAAAUUGGUUCUCCAAAUGCUGGACUCCUCUAUAGCCGAUUGGUGCCUCUUGUUCUCCUUUUUGUCGAUGGCAGCAACCCGAUUGAUGUCACUGACCCUGACUGGCAUUUAUACCUCUUAAUUCAAAAGAAAGAGGAAAAAGAGGAGCCUUCGUACCGAAUUGUCGGCUUUUCUGCGAUUUAUAAAUUCUAUCGUUAUCCCGACAGGUUACGUAUGCGACUCAGCCAGAUCCUGGUCCUGCCUUCCUUCCAAGGGAAAGGAUUUGGAAGCUAUCUCGUGGAGGUUGUGAACAAAGUGGCGGUUGCAGAAUACAUUUACGAUCUGACAGUGGAAGAGCCAUCGGAAAAGUUCCAACACAUUCGCACUUGCAUUGACAUAAACCGCUUGCGAGCUUUCGACCCAAUCAAGCCAGCCAUUGAUUCAGCUAUUCAGACUUUCACUAAAGGCAAGCUAUCGAAGAAAGCUCAGAUACCUCGAUUCACUCCGCCUCUGAAUGCCAUCGAGAAAGUCCGCGAAACUCUGAAGAUCAACAAGAAACAGUUUCUCAAAUGCUGGGAGGUCUUGAUAUAUCUAGCGCUCGACCCUAUCGAGAAAUACAUGGAGGACUACACAUCGGUCAUCACGAACCAUGUGAGGACCGACAUUCUUGGAAAAGAUAUAGAAGCUCCGACGAAACAGGUCGUGGAUGUUCCGAGCUCGUUCGCACCAGAAGCAUCGUUUGUGGUUUUCAAGCCUGUCAAUGGAGAAGAAGCUAACAGCAACGUUCAAGUUGAUGAAAACACACCGGAUCAAGAGCAGCAGCUGAAGCAGUUGGUUGAGGAAAGGAUUCGUGAGAUCAAGUUGGUCGCUGAGAGAGUCAUAUGCCCGAAAGUUUGA